AUGGACCCAAUCGUCAUCGCUGUUUGCAACGUUGCAAUGUUCGGCUUACUCGUUUCUGUGUCGGGUGUUCGUGUUGACAUCACCCCACAAGGAGGGUCCUUAUCUGUUAUGGAAAAUUUGCCGCUUACACCUCAAGCAUCAUCAGUGCCCUUUUCAUUUGGUCUCGAUAAGGAGCAAGAUUCACCUGGAUUCUACAACGUUAAUGUGAAAAUUGAAUCACAGGAUGAACGACAUGUUGGACUAACCAAUUCGAGAACAACUUUGAAGUCAUCCGAUGAAGUGAUGGUAGAGGAUUUCGAAGUUGGUGCACUUGAAAAAGAUGAUGUUGCCAGCGGCGCCAUUCUAGUUAGUGUUGCUCAGUUCUCGAAGUAUGAAAAGGUAAUUGAGGCAGACAAUACCAAGCGGUUGUACGUGUCAUUCUCCGUCAAGAGCAAGGUUACGAUGCGUUUGGUCCAACCCCAUCAAACUUUCAUUCUAUUCAAGCAUGUCAACGGUGCCGAAGUCUUCUACACAGCUGAUGUGCAAACCGGAGGGAAAUACUUUGUUGAUAUAAACCUAGCCGAAGCUCACAAAGAUUUUGAAGGCGUAUCUGGGAAGUACACAGCAUACCUAAUUAUUGGUGAUGCUACCAUUAGAUCUUCAUUGAACUGGUCUUUUGCGGACUUUAUGCUUACUCUUCCACCUGCCCCUCUAGAGAUCGUACCCAAGUCUCAGCGUAUCAACUACGAUAAGCUGCCGGAAAUUAGGCAUAUCUUCCGUCAACCAGAGAACAGACCAUGCACUAUUGUUUCCGAUGCUUUCACUCUGAUUUGCUUGGCUCCGUUGUUGCUUCUGCUUGUAUUGUGGCUACGUAUUGGGCUGAAUUUCGGUAAUAUGCCACUCAACGUAUGGACACUGAUUUUCCACGGAAGUCUUGCAGCACUAUUCGCCUUGUAUAUCGUGUUCUGGCUCCAGCUGAACAUGUUUGAGACGCUGAGGUAUCUAGCCGUGGUUGGUGGAUUAACCUAUGUCGCUGGUAAUCGUGUCUUGAGAGCAGUCGCAAUAAAGAGGAAGAUCAAGGCCGAGUAA